AUGGAUCCUUACUCUUCUCCUUUCCCAAAAUGCCCGUGGCAACAGGGACAGUAUCAACAAAUUUCACCUUCUCAAUCAAAUGUGUCCGGCACACUUUCAGGCUCAACAGCCUUCUCGUCGUAUAAUUCAAGCAAAAAGAGAGCUUUAUCAAACAAACCCAAUGCAAUUUUCAUGGGAAAUGAUGACGAUCUACAUAAUCCAGGACCCAAGAAUGGCGCUCGAGCAGAUGAUGACUCUGGCAGUAUAUUCACCCUUCGAGGAUUGAUGAAUAUCGGUACAUUGGUCACUGUUGCUUCAUCUCUUCUGAUGUUGUUUGCAGGUUACCCGAUCCUUGUGUUCGUAAUAGGUCACGGUGAAGGGAACAAAGGGGGUUACAACUUGGGUGGAACAAAUGCCACAGGUCAAGUACCUUUUUUGGUAGAUAUGCCAUCGUUGAUCGAUAAGGAUACACCCCAAGAAGCAUACACUCGUUUGAGCUUGGAUGGAAAGAAAACGAUGAAGCUUGUCUUUAGUGAUGAGUUCAACAAGGAUGGAAGAAGCUUUUACCCCGGAGAUGACCCAUUUUGGGAAGCGGUGGACUUGCAUUAUUGGGGUACAGGGAAUUACGAAUGGUACGAUCCAGCCGCCGUGACUACAGAGAAUGGCAAUCUGGUAAUCUCCCUGUCCGAAGCCCCUGAGCACAAUCUGAACUUCCGGGGAGGGAUGCUAACUUCAUGGAACAAGUUGUGUUUCACAGGAGGGUACGUUGAAGUGAGCGUGGUACUGCCGGGUUCACCUGACAUUAGCGGUCUUUGGCCAGCAGCAUGGACGAUGGGCAACCUUGGAAGAGCAGGUUAUGGUGCAACUACGGACGGAAUGUGGCCUUAUUCGUAUGAUACAUGUGAUGUUGGUACGUUGUCCAAUCAGACAUGGCCAGCAAGUAUGGGAGGAGGUCCUGUUGCGGCUGAAACGACUGGUGUAUACGUGGAUCAAUAUGGACCCGGAUUGAGUUAUUUGCCUGGUCAACGAUUGAGCAGAUGUACAUGUCCGGACUUUGAUGAUCAUCCUGGUCCAAAGCAUAGCGAUGGUAGCUGGGUAGGCAGAUCAGCACCGGAGAUUGAUAUCAUCGAAGCACAAGCCAGUGGAACUAGAGGAUUACCCGGACACGUUUCCAUGUCUAUGCAAUUGGCACCUUUUGAUGCAGGAUACAAUAUGUCUACAAAAGCAGACGCAUAUACCUUUUACGAACCAGAAGCGAUUUUGAAUUCGUAUACCGGAUCUGUAUAUCAACAAGCAGCAAGUGGAUUGAUCACUACAGACAGGGACAAUUACGAAGACAAUGGGAUGAAGUAUGCCUCUUACGGGUUUGAAUAUAAGCCAGGCGGUACACCAGACGCAUACGUGACCUGGACGAAAGACAGUCAACCGAUGUGGAAGAUGAGUACAGAGGCAAUCGGUCCAAAUGUUCAAACGGAAAUUGGACAAAGGACUGUACCACCAGAGCCACUGUACAUCAUUCUCAAUUUGGGUAUGUCAAGCAGUUUCACUUAUGUCGAUUUCGAUAGAUUACACUUUCCCGCAAAGUAUUACGUUGAUUAUGUUCGGAUUUGGCAACCUGAAGAUGAAGAAAACAUUGGCUGUGACCCCCCGGACUUCCCGACUUUUGACUACAUCAACAAACAUUGGGAGGCGUACAAUAAUCCAAAUUUGACCAUCUGGCACGGAGAGCGUUCAGUGGGCGCUUACGAUCAGCCAAGACCACCAAAUAGAUUAGUCGACAAGUGCUGA